AUGAUGGUAUUCAAGCCAUGGCGCCACAUCCCUGGCAGAGUCUUGCUGUGGUCACUGAACCUCUUCUCGGCUGUCGCGCUUAUCUUCGAGGGCUACAAUCAAGGCGUCAUGGGGUUUGUCAAUGGCUCCGCCGGGUAUAUUGAGACCGUAGGCAUCGGAUCCAGUGGAGUCGUUACCAACACAACGAAACAAGGCGGCCUUGUCGCAGUGUACUACUUUGGAGCCAUGUUUGGAUGCUUCUUCGGCGGGUGGUUUGGGGACAGCUAUGGCCGCAAGAAGGCGGUCGUCCUCGGGAGCAUGUUUACACUGGUCGGUGGUGCAUUGCAAGCAGGCUCGCAGAACAGCAACAUGACGAUAUGUGCCAGAGUCAUUUGUGGCGUCGGCAUCGGUUUCAUCAACUCCAUCAUCCCAGCAUGGGUGUCCGAACUUGCAAAAGCACACAAUCGAGGUUCUGCCUUCGCUCUCGUCUUCUGUGCCAACUAUGUCGGCAUUGUCAUUGCCUACUGGCUUGGUUACGGACUGCGCAACCACACCACCGACUUCCAGUGGCGAUUCCCACUGGCCUUCCAGACCGUGCCCACCAUCAUCCUGCUGCUGACCGUGGCCUUCCUCCCGGAAUCACCACGUUGGUUGAUCGCAAACGGACGCCGCGACGAAGCCGUCGAGAUCCUCGCCAAGAUCCGUGGUGAUCGCGACCUCUCGGACCCAGCUCUCGCCGCCGAAAUCUUGCAGCUCGAUGUCAUCACCGUCAACGCCAAGCACGCCCGCUACAAGCUGAUCAACGUCUCAUUUGGUCGGCACUCGGGCGUUCUGCACCUGGGCCGGCGCGUAUGCCUCGCUAUUGGCAUCAUGAUGAUGAUGGAGUGGACGGGUAUCCUGGCCAUAACCGUGUACGCCAACACACUCUUCCAGCAAGCCGGUUUCAGCGCGGACAAGUCUGCCUGGCUCAGCGGCCUCUGCAACACCUUUGGCAUCGUCGGCACUAUGGCGAGCGUCUUCACCAUCGAUCGUUUCGGGCGCCGCAAGUCGCUCUACUUCGGCUUCUUCAUCCAAGGCGCCGUCCUGAUGCUUUCGGGCGGCUUGUCGCGCCUCGGCGAGCAGCACGCGAAUCACGCAGCCGCCUACGGCGCCGCCGCAGCCGCGAUGGUCUUCAUCUACACCUUCUUCUUCGCGCAGACGGUCUUGAUGAUCGCCUUCCUGUACCCAACCGAAAUAUGGCCACAGGAAAUACGGGCGCGAGGAAACAGCUACGGCGUCUUCGGCUGGGCGGUCGGGUGUGGAACGACGACCCUGGUGAUCCCGAGCAUGUUCGGCGCGCUGGGCUGGAAAACCCUGAUCGUGUUCGGCUGCUUCAACUUUGCCAGCCUACCGCUCGUGUUUUUCUUCUUCCCAGAGACGCUGGGCAGGUCGCUCGAGGAGAUCAACUUACUGUUUGCGGCUCAAAGUCCGUAUGUCGGCGCGAACGAGGAGGAGUACAGACGCAGAGUGGCAGAUGCGGGUGGAGAUGUGACUGCUGCGGAACGGAGACUGCUGGAGGAACUUGAGGACGGUGGGCACGAAAAGAACGGAUUGGCAUCCGACGAAGAAAUCGCUGCGGCUCCUAAAGCGGCCUGA